AUGCCAGGAAUGUUGAACCUCGUUGACCUGCGACCCGGCGGUGGCGUGCCCGCGACCAACACCAUUGUGUCCGUCGUCCCGCCCUUGUACAGGUGACGGCGGCGGCUGCGGUGUGGUCGUCUCUUCGUCGUGAUAAAAAGAAGAAGAAGAAAAAAAAAACAAAACCGUUUUUUUUUUUUUAUUAUUAUUAUUUUGUACGUGAUGCUCGGCACAACAGGUUUCGGCGAAGGAUAGUGGAGGGGAACGUUGUAUUAAUUCUGGACCGGGGGGAUACGAGCGGCCCGGUCCGGGAACGCGCGGGGCCGCGCGUUUAAGGAACUCUAUGGAUCAGAUAAGACGACGUACGAUCGGAUUAUGUGCAGUAUAGCUGGGCACUUUUCGAGUCAUGUCCCCCACGGGGGAUUGACGCGCGACCGACUAUCGUGCAUCGUCGUCGUCAUUAUAUUAUUAGCCGCGUGUUUUAUUAUUAUUAUUAUUAUUAUUAUUAUUAAAAAAAUAUAUAUAUUAUUAUUAUAAACACGCGGUUCUAGGUAUAUCGCAGCAGACGCUAUCGGUAAUGACCCACAUCUGCGGUACGUAUAAAUACUUACCCACAUCCGAUAAAACGCGCAUCGUUAGGUACGCGGGUACACACAUAAAAUUGCCUACAUUACGGCUAUACGAUAAUAGGUAGGUAUAGGUUUACGGGGUUCGUAAACAAUGUUUUAAUUUUGAGAGAGACAGUAUACGUACGCGUGAAAUCUGACGAAAAGCAUAAUAUUGUCUUUGCUAUAUCUACAAUACGCCAAACGGUAUUUACAAUGAUAGUCUCGCGGGUCGUGUGAUAAAAAAAAAAACAAAACAAAAAAAAACCGAAUAAGUACAGGUACAAAGUAAAUACACGGUAAUAAUUCAAAUUAAAAAUAACUAAAAUUAAAACGAUUAAAAGAUAACACGGGCAUCCUCGUUGGCGUUUUGCAUUAAGUGGUUGAUAGGACGAUUAAUCAUUUUAUGAAAGACACACGAAAAGCAACGCUAUGUCUGGUAGCAAGCACGCCCGUAGGACAAAAUCCCACCAGGGUCAAAACGUUUUAUUCUAGAAAUAUUUGAUAUUGUUAUGGUAAAAACUGAAAUUAUGGUAUGCCAUUAUGCGUUAUAAAAGUACACAUUGUUGAAAAUCCCGGGGGCAGCAAAGGCUCUUUUAGCCUCCCUACGAGCGCCCUUGUCUGGUAGAAUGAGGGAGAACCCUGAAUUCGAUUUCAGAAAACAGAAGAAGAGCAAAUCUGUUCGUAUAACAGCUAGUAGUAAUAAUGUGUAGGUUCAAACCCGCAAUAGAACUAUUGGGAAACUAAUACAAUUUAAGCCUUUUUUAAAAUGUCGAAAUACUUUAAAAAAAAAAAUUGAAUUCGUUAGUUUCAAUUUCAGGAAAAAAAAACUAGCAAAUAUAAACUAUGUAUGAAUACUUCAAAAAUAGUCAAACUAUUUUUAAAAUGUUGCCACGUUUAAAAAAAAAGAAAAUAUAAGGUUUCGGUAAAAUGUCAAGUCUCUACAAACAGUGUUUAUUCAGACCUUCAUCCGGGAGGGGGGAGGGAAUUUACAAUAGUAAAUUUCCAAGUGUGUAUGUAAAGACAGAGUCGAAUCUAUGCAUUUUUACACUUAGAACAAAUUUAGAAAAUAUGUUCAAUGAUAACUUUUUUUUUGUAGCUCGUUAAAAUACAAUUAAUACAAUAUAUUAUUUAUUUUAUUUUAUCGCCAACAAGAUAAUCGGUCCAUAACGCAUUUCACAAAUCAUAUCACAUAAAGUUUACGUAUAGUAAUGCCACAAAUUUUCAGUUGGUUCCGGUUGGUAUACAUUUUUCUGUUGGAAGGGGAGAGGUAACACUUCUCAGUUGCCCCCUGAAAUAAAUACUGUCUGUAAAUAUUUUUAAUUGAAUUAAACAGAAAAACAAAAUCGACAAAAAUUAAACCAUUGUUUCCGUAAACUUUCUAAUUUUUUUUUUUUACGUUUUAUCCCGGUUUUGGUCAACUAUUAAGAGAACUACACAUUGAUAAUCAAGAACCAACUUUCUUACUCGCUAACGGGAUUCGAAUUGCAACAAAAAAAGUUUCUUGUAGAUUUUUCAUUCCGUGUAUUUUUCGACAAGCUAGAUUAUCAAUCAGAUGAAAUACCCGAUUAUUCAUUUUGAAUGUUAAGGAUCACCGAUUUAUAUUAAAACGCAGAAUGCUCUAUCAAGCGAUAUAGACAAUUAUUUGAUAACAAAACAAUUUAAUUUAAUUUUAAUUAUUAAUAAACAAACACUUGGAACACUACAACAUUAAUGAACAUAUUAAAAUGUAAAACGAAAAAAAAACAUCAUGACUAAAUGUUGAUAACACCACAUCAUUUUGAGAACACAUUUCUAUCGUCUAGCAAACAGACUAUUUUGUUGAUUGAAGAUCUGAUGCAUCGAAAAGCAAUCUGAUUAGUAAUCAGAUUAAUCAAAUUUGAUAAGGAACAUCGAAAACCAUCGGAUAGUUCAUCUAAUUGAUAAUCUAGCUUGUCGAGGUACAAUAUUUCUGGUAGAUAACAAUUUCAAAAAAUGAAAUCAUAACGCCAUAAAUUUGUCAGUUUUCAAAAAAAAAUCUUUUGGCAUUUCUUGAUUGAAGCAAGAUUUCUGGUAAAAACGUUGUUUAUGGACAAAAAAAACACGUGAUAAAAUCAACAAUCUUUGUUGUAAUAUCUUAUAAUAAUGAUAACCAAAUAUAAAUCAGGUGCUAUUAGAAAAUCUUUUCCAGCCAGACCUCUUGAAACUGAUGACGGAGUUAUAAGAGAUGUAUAAUAUUAUAUUAUAAACGGGCCCAAAAUACAAUAAGUGCCAUAUUAAACAAUCAAAGCAACUUCUUUUACAUCUGCGCAGUUCAGUAUGCGGUCACUCACAGGAGUAAAUUAAAUAUUAACUUCAGUCGGGAAUAAUUUUAAAUUUAAAAUUCAUGAAGAAAUACGGAAAAAUGGCUAGUGGUGAAAAAGUGGAAUUGCCAUUUUACAAAUAGAGUAGUACUAAACAAAUGCAAAUCUAAUUAUUAGUAAAAAAAUGCCUAAUGUGUGAAAAUAUGAAUAAUUAAAUAGAGACAGAUAUGGCCAAAAGUUGAAAAGUUGAAAAGGCAGGAUAUAUUAAGUUAUUUAAUUUAUACUUGUAACUAACGAUAAACUUUUUCUAACAAGAAAUGAUUCAGAGCAAAGUUUGGUUAUAGAUGUUUUGAAAGGCCGUAGUAUUUACCAAUUUUGUCAAAAUUAAAUUUUAUAACUUAUAGAUGAGACGAACAAACUAUACACGAUGUGUAUUCACUGUUGUUGGUGAAUGUUGGGAAUGUAGGAUAUAGAUGGGAAAUUAAUUCGUAUCUGUAAGCAACGAUCGACUAUUGCUUAAUAAAAACGAUUCUGAGCGGAGUUCAGUUAAUAGUGAUGCUUUGUCAACGAUAUAUAUUAUGGUAAAAUAAUUAAAUAAGCAUUAAAAAUUGUUUUAAAAAAUAUUAGUUUAAUAUCGUACCGAUUAUUUCCAUUUUUUCUACGUUUUUCCAUGUUUAUUCCUAGCUUAAAUUCACUCAAACUUCAGCGACUACUAAAGUUAACCAACAGAAACUACCCACUAUAUCGGUAUUGUUAUUAAAAACCUAAAUGAAAGACUUGAUAUAAAAACUAUUUGGAAAAUGUACAACCAAAAACCCAGUGAGAGUACAGUCGGGUUUACAACAUUUUAUAAAUUUUUAAAGAUAAUUUCGAUCUGAUUCGAUCAGCCUUAGGUAAAUUAUUGCUGUGAAUCCGAAAGGCUCAUUGCUUACUACUAAAAUAAAAAAUUCGCAUGUCUGCGAGUCAAUAAAGAGAAAUGCUGAUUUUGAUCUGAUGAUCCAUAAUCAAUCAAUCACCUAUACUAUCGAAACUAUCAGACUAUCGGGUAGUUCAGUCUAUUAAUAAUAUCUAUUUAUAAUGCCUAUUCAACUCCUGUAAUUGUAUUUCAACUGAUUUAAUAAGUUGCCUACACAACUCCUACAAAUUAAUUUUUAAUCCAUUCUUAAAAUUCUAUUGCUAAUUUUAAAUUUUUACCUAUGUUGCCUACCCACUCCUGAAAUUGUAUUGUAAUUUUUCAGUUUGUCUAUUUAUUGCCUAUCUAACUUUCAAAAUUCUAUUGCUAUUGUUCAGAAAAAUAUUUCUAUAUCUACCCACCAAAAUUUAAUUUAAUACAAAUAUGUUUAACAUUAUAAAUAUUCCCUAAUCUAUGAAAUAGUCUCGAAUAUGGAAAAAAUCUUUGUUCUAUGAACUCUUUAUUGAAUAAAUCGUUCACAAAUUCUUACUCUGGCAUGGCUGCAUAUAUGUAUAUAGUAGAUAACAAUAUGUAAAAACUUAAACAUUCCGAACGUAAUAAAAUUUAUUCCAAUUAGGUACAUUUAAAUAUCUGUAACUAAAUAAACUACAACAACAUUAAUUAGGUAUUAAAUUAUGAUUAGAUGAGUUUGUUGAAUUCUUUAUUUAAGUUAAUUUUUGUUUAACAUGCAUACAAGAUGAUCCUAAUCAAAUUCUGAAAAUGUAUUGCUAAAUUUGAAAAUACAAUUAUAUUUGUGUCUCAUUAUUAAUAAUGAUGCAAAUAUAACGAUUCUCUAUAUUAUUUAUAUAUAUUGUUUUAGCCAUCACUAUGUAUUAAAUGUUUAAUUUUAUUCAACUUGUAUACAUACUGCUAGCAGGUAGGUAUUUUAAUUCGAUAGUUUUGGUUAAUACCAUUUAUCUGAAGUACCUACCUAAGGGAUGUUCCAGCCGAAGUAACCCUUAGCGGGGUACAAUGUCUGAAAGAAGACUUCACGACCUUUAUAAUAUAUUAGUUAUGUUUUAGUUAGUUCAUUAUGAUGUAGGUAUUUAUUGGUUAAUUUGCUAACUUGAAGUGUUAGUAAAAACAUUUUUUUUUCCAAACGUUGGGUACACUGGUUUCUUGGAAUUUUAGAUUCUUAUCACGUGAAGAAGAACGCAUCUGUGUCCAUUUUUAUUAUGCUUUCACUUUUUUUUUUUUUUUUAUCAAAUAAUAGUUCGAUAGGUACAUUAAUAUUUUUGUGUUGUGCAUACAAGAAAUAAUUUAAAUGUUUAUAAAUAUUAAAAGAUACAAUCAUACCUAACAGUAAGUAGUAAUUUACUAGUAUAAUCAAUUAUAAAAUAAUGCAUUCAUUCAAAAUGAUAAAUUUAAUUUUACAGAGGAACUAUUCUACAAAUUAGUCAAGUAAACAGGAAAGAUCGAGGAACAUAUAGUUGUAUAGCUGAUAAUGGAGUUGUCCAUUGUAUCUGAUAUAGUGUCACUAGGCAAAUAAAAUGUGCACCAUCCAUAACAGUUCCUGGGCCUAAAGUAGAACAAACAUUAAGACAAAAUAAAAAUCUUGAAUGUCAUGUUGAUGCAUUUCCUACACCAGGUAUGGUUUGGUUUAAAAAUGGAAAACAAUUAUAUAACUAUAAUAACCAUUACAGGUAAUCAUGUAAUUAAAUAAUCAGAUAUAAUUUAUUGUUGUACAAUAUUGUUUAAACAUUUAAUAUUUGCAUUUAGUAUAUUCGAACAUGUAAUCAUAAUGAAAUUACAAAAGGGAUACUAUCCAUUGCCACUACUACAUACAGUCAUUAUGGAGACUAUUUGUAAAGCAAUUAACGGCCUUGGAACUGCUGAAGCUGUCAUUUAG